UAGAGCUACUCUCACCACGUACAUGAGCAGCCCUUGCAUGGGCUUCAUGGGCACAAUAAAUGGGCUGCACAAACUGGAACGGAAAUAAAGAAAAGAAGGCCUGAUCAUGGGCCUGUACGAUGCACUAUAGUCCGCUAACACGGCGCGGCCCCCAACACGCUGGCCGAGUACGCGCUGAAGCAGUUCCAGGACCUCGACUUCAUCGACGUGUCGGUCAUCGACGGGUUCAACGUGCCGAUGGAGUUCAGCUCGGCGUCGGGGAACUGCGGGCGCGUGAUAAAGUGCGGAGGGAAUAUUGUGGAGCAGUGCCCCAACGAGCUGAAGGUGCAAGGAGGCUGCAACGGGGCAUGCCCGCAGCUGAAGAGGGAGGAGUUCUGUUGCAAUAACUCGGGUGCGAAUUGUGGGCCCACGCCUCUUUCCAGGUUUUUCAAGGAAAGGUGCCCCGAUGCUUAUAGUUACCCAAAAGAUGACCAGACCAGCACUUUUACCUGUCCUUCGGGGACUGAUUAUAGGGUUAUUUUUUGUCCUUGAAUGGAAUUGGGUAGGUCGAUCGUCCGUGUGCGAGGAAGGACUGAAAGAAAAUAGUUGCAUGUGUACGUACGUGUGCCCUCAAUGUAUCGUCUAAUUUCUAUGGAGUGGUCUACACUCUUGUUAAUAUUAGUAUUAUUAAGCUGGCUCGAUCUCCAUGUUUUCAUUAGAAAACAAUAUCGGAGAAUAUACAUAUAUGCUUAUAAUUAAGGAGCAAUAAGAACCUUCUUUGAUUCCUAUUUUUAUAUGUGGCUGGCUGAGGUUAAUUUUGUUUGUCGUUUAUAAUUAAAGCUUUCAUGGAAUAAAAGAAGAUCGAAUUUAUAGAACGCGCGCGUACGUGUAAAGUAAUUCAAAUAUCAAUUUGAUUUGACUCUAGGGUGUAAACAAAAUGUUGCCCCUAGAGUUUUUUUUAUCAACUUGCAAGAACAUUUGCAAAUUAUAAUAGAAUAGAGAAUUUUAA